AUGAAAGCAACAAAGUUGGACGCCGAUGCCUCGUAUAUGAUCGUGACAUUGGGCAUGUGUAACGGGGUUUUAAGAACUGUCAAGAAAACCAUAUUCCAAUUUCAGUCACACCGAGAAAGAAGGAACGCUAAAGGGUCCCGUGAGUACCUACCAAUAUUUAAUUCCGCGUUUACGCCACUCACUCACAAACAACUUCAUAGUGCCAAUCGCGCUACUAUUUCCGACAAGAUGCGUGCAAUUUUUGUAGUAAGGCAUGACAUGAUUAGCGGGAAACAUUGGGUGUAG